GAACCAGCUAUACUUGCAGCUAGCAGGAAAGGUCAUCAUAAAAUAGUCGAGUUACUUCUUAAGGAGAAUGCUGAUCCAGAUGCACAAUAUCAAAUUAAUCAAGAAAGUGAAGGCACAUCUCUUGCCCUGGUUAGUGAAUUACUUCUUGGGCAUAAGUUUGUGGUAGCAGUUAGGCAAAACGUUGGCAAGACAGCAUUAAUGGCAGCUAGUUUCAGUAAUCAUUAUCGAGUAGUUGAAUUACUACUUAUAGCAAACGCUGAUCCUAAUAUUCAAAAGAAAGAUGGCUGGACAGCAUUAAUGCUAGCAAGUCAAAGUGGUCAUACUGAAAGUGUUGAGUUACUCCUUAAGGCAGGUGCUGAUCCUAAUAUAAAAGAAGAAGAUGGUUGGACAGCACUCAUAAUAGCCUGUCAAGGUGGUCAUGCUAAAGUGGUUGAGUUACUCAUUAGUGCAAAUGCUGAUGUUAAUACAAAGCAAAAAGACGGAGGAACAUCACUCAUGAUAGCCUGUCAAGGUGGCUGUACUCAAGUAGUGCAGUUACUUCUUAAGGAGAAAGCUGAUCCAAAUAUUUGCUCAGAUGAUGGUAAGACAGCACUUAUGUCAGCCAUUUUUAAUAAUCAUCAUCAAGUAGCCGAGUUACUUCUAAAGGCCAAAGCUGAUCCUGAUGUGAAAGGAAAAGAUGGUUGGACAGCACUCAUGGUGGCUUGUCAAAGUGGCCAUACAAAAGUGGUCGAAUUGCUUCUUAAUGCAAAUGCUAAUCCUAGCAUGAGACAAAGAAAUGGUGCAACAGCACUCAUAAUAGCCAGUCAAAAUGGUUUUGUAGAAUUGGUCAAGCUACUCCUAAAGAAAGAUCUUGAUCUUAACAUUCAAACAAAUGAUGGCAUGACAGCAUUAAUUCAAGCCAGUUACAGUGGCCAUCAUAGUAUUGUUGAGUUACUCCUUACUAAUAAAGCCAAUCCUAACAUUCAGCAGGCUGAUGGCAGAAAUGCACUCAUGUUAGCUAGCCAAAGAGGUCAUUAUCAUGUGGUUGAAUUGCUUCUUAAAGCAAAUGCUAAUCCUGACAUUCAAAAGAAAGAUGGUUGGACAGCACUAAUGCUAGCUACUCUUGGUGGUCAUCAACAAAUAGUAGAGUUGCUCUUAAAGGAAAACGCUAAUCCCGAUAUUAGAGAAGAACAUGGAUGGACCGCACUCCUAAUAGCUAGUUUAAGUGGUCAUCAGGAAGUGAUAGAGCUACUCUUUCAAAACAAUGCGAAUCUUAACAUUCAAGCUGGUGAUGGGAAAACAGUGUUAAUGGGAGCUAGCCUACUUGGUCAUCAUCAAACGGUCGAAGUACUCCUUAGACAAAAUGUAGUUGAUCCUAAUAUCCAGAAGAAUGAUGGAUGGACUGCACUCAUGCUAGCAAGUAUGAAUGGUCAUCACAAAGUAGUCGAGUUGCUCCUUAAAGCAGGUGCUGAUCCUAAUAUUAAAGAAGAGGAUGACUGGACAGCACUCAUGAUAGCUUGUCAAGGCAGCCACUAUCAAGUAGUUGAGUUACUCCUUAAUGCAAAUGCUGAUAUGAAUAUUGUAACAAACACAGGGGGAACAGCAAUCAUGAUAGCCAGCCAGUCUGGUCAAGCAGAAUUAAUCGAGCUUCUUCUAACAAAAAAUCCUAAUGUCAACAUUAAAGCAAGGAGUGGCAGGACUGCUCUAAUGCAAGCAAGUCAAUGUGGCUAUCACAAAAUAGUGGAGUUGCUCCUUAAGGCAGGUGCUGAUCCUAAUAUUAAAGAAGAAGAUGGUGGAACGGCACUCAUGAUGGCAAGUCAAGUUGGUUACUAUCAAACAGUUCAGUUGCUCCUCAAUGCAAAUGCUGACCCUAAUAUUUUAGGUGAUAAUGGGUGUACUGCUAUUGUAAUAGCAAGUCAAAAUGGUCACCUCCAAGUAGUAAAGCUGCUCUUUGCAAACAAUGCUGAUCCUACCAUUCAAAAAGGAGGAAGAACAGCACUUGUUAUGGCUAGUUUAAACAAUCGGAAAGAAGUAGUUGAGUUUCUCAUCAAAGAACAGGAGGAUCAUGGUUUCACGACUUUAAUGAAUGCAAUUCACAGCGAAAUCAUUGAAUUAGUACUUUCCUUGCUAUCAGCUGGAAUUAUGACGUACAUAGACGAAGGCCACAUUCAAGCAGCAAUACAUUUUUCGAAAAUGGAGUCUAAGGUUGAUAAUGAAAUGACAGAGCUCCUGCGUUAUUAUGCAGAAGACGUUCAUGGAAUGAAGUUAUCUGAGAGUCAAGUUGAAGUCAUUACAAUAAGUAGUGAGAUGAAACAAAAAGUUAAUCAAAGUAGCUACCAUUUAGACAGUAACAUUAGAAUGGCCUCUCAUUUAGCGCAGGACCCAGAUGAACACCCAUUACUGCGAUAUGCAGCACCACUUGAUAAGCUUUCCAGCGAUCCAUAUGCAGCAGAGGAACAAGAUGCUACAGAGAAAUUCAAGGCUGCAGCACUGAGAAAACUGGGUCAGUGACAUUGGACUCAAAUUUAAAUGUUAAAGAAUACCGAUACAACUGUCUUUGUUUUUAUAGUCUGUUUUGUAGCCUAGUAAGUUUAGUAGUGUGUUUUAAAACUUUUAUUGAUUUAAUGUAAACAAAAAUAUUUAUGGUGUCAAGAUGUUCAUAAUUUCUAUACCG